AUGUUAAAGCGAUUUCUACCGCUAACUAAGUAAAUUGCGUUUACUUUAAAAGGUUCUCCAAAAACACUCUACAUAUUCAAAAUGCAAAUACCAAACCAAACUAAUUUUAAUAAAACAUAAUAUAAUUUUUCUUAGAAUCAUAAAAUUUCAUUAGAAGACGGGGAUAAUCAUAUUAAAUCUAUUUAAGAAUAAAUAGUGGCUUUGAAUGAUUUAGAAGAUGUCUGUAACAUCUAGUCUCAAGUUAUAGAAUAUUUGGAGGAUAAUCUUAAAAAUUUCGAUGACAAAUACUUUAAUGUUAUCUACAUAGAAGAAAUAUUGGUUUUACAUUGGUAUUAAGUUGCCAUUUAUGCAUAUACAUAGCAUUAAAAUCCUUUAAGUGGUGAAUUUACUUAAAAACUAAUAAAUUGCGAUUUAUUAAAAUAAUUAGAUAUCAUUAAACAAUAUAAAUUGCUAGAUCAAAUUAAUGUGGAAAGAUUGAAAGUUAAGUUGAAUGCUGCAAGUAUAAUGUGCAAAAUGAUCAAUUAUGGUGUAGAAGCUGAUAUUAAUUAAUUACAUGAUUGGAUGAAUGAUUAUUUAGACUAACUUGAAAUACACAAUUAAAUUAUUUUAGAAAUUUCUUCAAAGAACAAAGUUUAAGCAUACUGCAAUACUUUUAAGGAUCUUUAUAUAAACUUCUACUUUUUUAUUGCAUAAAUCCAUAGGAAACGAAACUUAAUCGAUGAAUUUGAAAGAUUUAUAGAUCAAGGAAUUGAAGAAGUUAAAUUUCAAGCCGAGAAGAUUAUAUAAGAACCUAAAGGAUAAUUUGAGUUGAAUUUGACUUUGUUGAAUUUAUUUGAGCUGUUCAUUAGCAUUAAAUAAGCUGAUGAUAUUAAAUCAGAGUUUACUAUAGAUUUUGCUAAUAAAAUUGUAGAUUUAAUUUCCACCUACUGGGAAGAGUCAUUUGAAACAUAUGUUUUAGACAUAAAAGUUAACUUUGCACAAUUUUACUUAAGUUAAGAUCUUUUUGACAAAGCAACUAAGUUACUAGCUGAUGUUUAUUCAAUAAGGACUGCUAUUAUUGAAGAUAAAACAUUAUUUUCAUGA